ACAUCCCAGCAUCCAUCGCGCUCCACUCCUCUGUAACUUGGGCUCCAGUGUGCCGCGCAGUGUGCGCAAAUUCGUCCACCUGCCGGCAAGGUCGAUGGUUUCUGAAAUCCCCAGACUUGAAACCAGGCGGGAAAGACCCGCUCGGCCCCGUCGGAGAAGAUGACAGCUCGCGGAGAAUCAACUUCUGUUGACACGGAACUCAGAAACGUCCUGCAAAUCAUGUUCCAGGGUUGUGGCCCAGCCGGCUGGCCAGGAGCUCCUUCCCGGGCCCCGGGCUCCGCUGGAGGCCCCAAGGCUGUGAGCUGCGGCCCGCGGAACCUUGUGUGGGCGGAACUCGAAUACAGCGGCGGGAGGCUUCCGGGGGGAACAGCAAGGGCGACGGGUCGGCGGAGGCAGAAAAGUACCGGACGCCGGGCCGAACAUGGACGCUUGACAACCUGCGGGAAGCGCCGGAGGCCGAGCGCGGGACGAAGGGGACCGAAAGGCGGCGCGGACAGACCUCAACGCCAGAGAAUGGCAGGUGAACAAAAACCUUCAAGUAACCUCCUGGAACAGUUCAUCUUGCUGGCCAAGGGGACCAGUGGUUCAGCCCUCACUGCACUCAUAAGCCAGGUGUUGGAGGCUCCUGGAGUGUAUGUCUUUGGAGAAUUGCUGGAGCUGGCCAAUGUGCAAGAGCUGGCCGAAGGAGCGAAUGCUGCCUAUUUGCAGUUGCUGAACCUGUUUGCCUAUGGAACCUACCCAGAUUACAUAGCCAACAAGGAGAGCCUGCCAGAACUGAGCACAGCUCAGCAGAACAAGCUGAAGCACCUGACCAUCGUGAGCUUGGCAUCGAGAAUGAAGUGUAUUCCCUACUCUGUGCUGCUGAAGGACCUGGAGAUGCGGAAUCUUCGGGAACUAGAAGACCUCAUAAUUGAGGCCGUCUACACUGACAUCAUCCAGGGCAAGCUGGACCAGCGAAACCAGCUGCUGGAAGUGGAUUUCUGCAUUGGCCGUGACAUCCGAAAGAAGGAUAUCAAUAACAUUGUGAAGACGUUACACGAAUGGUUACCAACAUCAAGAAGACUCUCAAAGCCACUGCAUCCUCCUCGGCCCAGGAGAUGGAGCAGCAGCUGCCUGAGCGGGAGGGUCCCCCUCAUGCCGAGCAGAGGCAGCCCACCAAGAAGAUGUCCAAAGUGAAAGGCCUGGUCUCCAGCCGCCACUAGGGCUGGCUGGGGCAGCUGGCACUCACCAGGCCUAGUCAGGCGGGCCGGGGACACCAAGGGCCUGUUCCUCCCCUCCCUACCUGCAGUGAGUCCCAGACCUGCCCAUGUCCUCCCCAGCGUCUCCCUACCCUGUCGGUACUGUUCCAGAAGAACCGGGACUCCUCUCCCUGCCCUCUCCCUCCGACUCAGGGGUUCCCGGAUGCCAUUCCUGUGAGCAGGCUGGACGCUGCCCGGCCUCCCUCCAGGAGCUUCUGG